AUGGAGAAGAAAGUAGAUACAUCAAACACAGAAGCAAUGGAAGCUGAGCUAAGAAGAGUGGAGGUCUGGAAGGGAUGGCGCCAAAAGGAUGGUGUCUUUGCGUACUUCGAGGAUAUUGAUCGAGUCAAUGUCAGUCUCAAGGAUGCUGGUGAUGAGUUUGGCGAUCUAAAGAAGAACCAUGUUAAAACAAACCAAACGGACAUCAGACCUGCUGUUGCCGGUGGUCGUGCUCUGUUGGAAGUCGAAGUAAUAGGCAAAUUAUGA